AUGAUCCACUUACUAUUAGUGGAAUGCGUACCACCUAUCAACGUUGGUAUUGUCACCGAUCCAGCACUAAUGCCGGAUGGAGCCGUUUUCUUGCAGUCAGCCUUGGCUGAUUUCACGCAGCAUAAUACCACAUCUGAUAUCAUAUUCAGCGUUCAAUCGGAUUCCACCAGAGGCUGUAGGCAAGAUGUUGAUUCUGGCGCUGGUGCAGCACUCAUCGCCGAACUGUAUUUCAUAAAAGGAAUUAAGGCACUUUUUGGUCCCAUUUGCCAGAAUGGUUUGACUCUUACGAAUCAAUUAGUGAGUCAAUGGGAUUUGAUCGAAUUCAGUGUUUGGAGCGAUUCUACAAGAAGAAAUAGGAGUCUCAUCGUUCAGAUGUCAACGAUGUCGACGAAGAAUUUAAUAGCCAAUCUGAUCGCAUUGCUUAAAGGAUUGAAUCGGACUCAGAUUGCAUUGAUAUGGAGUCCUAAAGUGUUUCCAUAUGUUGAUGCGCCAUGGAGUUCACAAAUUGACAUUGUCCGACAACAGUUAUCUGACAACGGCAUCCAGCUGCUCGUUGAUAAACCUCUUUAUGCUGAAGAAAAUUCAACAGAAGCAAUCACGGCCAUGUUGCUCAGCAUCAAACAUUCACCUCAGAUAUUUGUGCCACUAAUUGGUUUUAAUCUUCUGGAUUACGUGAAUUUUAUGAUGGCUUUCAAAUCAGCCAGUAUGAAUUUCAAUGAAUAUGCUGUCAUACUGACCGUGUUCGCAAUCAAUGGAAACUUCGUACCUCCGUGGAUUUUGUCAAAUGGCAAGACGGAUCAAACUCUAAAACACAUUUACGAUAACUCGAUCAUCCUACUUAACGACUUCUACGAUAAAGAAGCUGUGGAAUUGAUCAAUGCAAGAGUACCAAAUGUUUCUAAUGAGAUGCAACUGCUUGCGUAUUUACAAAUCUAUGAAUCAGUUUGGCUUUAUGCGACACAGCUUCAACGAUUUCGUCGAGAUACAACGAACACUGAUUACACUAAUGAUUCGGUACAGUUACUGAAUGGUAUGCGGAACCUUCGAGUUGAUGGACCGUUCGGACCGAUUGUGCUAAAUAAUGAUACCGUUCGGAUAAGUCCGUUCUCAGUUAGGUCCGUGCAAAGAGACGCAGAGCACCCAGUGAAUUUGAUGUCGAUUAAUUUGACAGAGAACUGCCCUCUAAGCAAGAUCGGGCAACCAGAAUGUGUAAGAUUGCGUGCUGCAAUGGCUGACAACACUAAUCCAGUGCUUGCUACUUUGCCACCUGACGUACCGAAUUGCGGUCUCAAUGGCGAAUUAUGCGAUCAAACAGGAAAAAGCGGUGAAACUGCUCAAAUGCCGUGGGCGAUCCCACAAAGGCUCAUCAAAUUCGUUGAUUUGGAAGCAACAACGUCGCUAAUGUCAAUUCACAGUUUGCAACAACAUAUGGAAUCGAAAGCAAAACUCAGAGACCUACUUCGUUCGAGACAACUCGCAACCAUCGAACAGUCUUAUGUGAUCAUUGAACCUUACAUCUUAAAACAAAGACUUGUUUUUGACAAAUCUGAUAUGUUAUUGCUCUAUCAGAUGAAGCAAGCUGUUCACGAUAAUAUAAACGCAUUUAUUGGCAUAAGUUUCGACAAAAUGCCACAAUUCUAUGCCACGUGGAAGCACUGUUUCCGUGGAACACUCGCAGAUCUAAUUUUUGGUGGUGUGCAGGGUAAUGAUCCAAAUCAUAAACUGGAAUCGGAAGAUGGUCCAGCGUUCGAUCAGAAUUUUAAAAGUGCUUUCGUCCGUGAUAUCGUUCGAGGAUUAGAUUUCUUACAUUCCUCUUCGAUUGGCUAUCAUGGUUCAUUAACACCAUCACAAUGCCUUAUCGAUAGCCAUUGGAUUUUGAAGAUUUCUGGUUUUGGACUUGCGCGAAUGAUGUAUAAGUGGAAACAGAACGGAGCGAUUGCCACUCACGAUGGAUUACCAUUCAUACCAAAUUCAGAGUUGCAUUACUAUGCUCCUGAAUUACGACGGCGUCUGAAGACACUGAAAAAAGAUUCAGCAAAAUUACCAAAUAAGCAAGGUCAAGCCGCCGAUAUGUAUGCGUUCGGAAUGAUCCUCUAUGAGAUUGUGUUUAGGCGAAAACCAGUCUAUAUUGAUGAUUCGAAUAAAGAAACAGCGUUCUCCGAUGAGGAACAAGGAUUGUUUUGUGAGGCAGCCGAGGCGUUGAUUCCGAUAUAUCCGUCAAUGCCGAAUUCUGAAGAUAUACAUCCGGAUUUGGUUGGUUUAAUGCACAAAUGUUGGAAUGGUGUGGCUGAGCAACGUCCUGACGCGACUCUGGCGAGAAAAAUCACCGAUGCCACUCUGAAAAUGACGGGUAGUCUUGUUGAUCAAAUGCUCAAGAAUAUGGAACAGUAUACGAACAAUCUGGAGAAUCUUGUCAAAGAGAGGACCAGUCAGUUAGAACAAGCGCAACAACACGCCGAACGACUUCUUUUGGAGCUGUUACCAAAGUGUUUAUCAUCAGUUGCGGACGAACUCAAAGUGGGUCGACGAGUUGAUGCAAAGAAUUUUAAAUCAGCGACAAUAUUGUAUUCGGAUAUCGUUGGUUUCACCUCUUUGUGCAGUGAAAGUGAACCAAUGGAGGUGGUCCAACUACUGAGCGGUGUAUUCAGGAAAUUUGAUUUGAUUAUAUCGAUGCAUAAAUGCUAUAAGGUUGAGACAAUUGGUGACGCGUAUAUGGUAACAUCAGGUGUUCCAAUUCCAAGUCGUCAUAAUCACGUACGAGAUAUCGCUUCUGUGGCAAUAAUGAUGCGAGAUUAUCUCUUCGAAUACAAAAUCCCUCAUCGACCUAACCAGAACCUUCACUGUCGUUGGGGUUUCAACACAGGUCCCGUCUUCGCUGGUGUUGUCGGACUUUCAGCACCAAGAUAUUGCGUUUUUGGCGCAACGGCGACGUUAGCUUCAAAAAUGGAGAACAGCGGCAUGCCAGACCGAAUUCAAAUGACGCUGAAGAGUUAUCAACUGCUCUCGGCACGAUUUCCCGAGUACCGCUGCUCUCCAAGAGGUGGUGUGAGAAUAGAGGGUUUUGGAACGUUAUUGACGUAUUGGUUGGAGGGAUGUGAAGAACUGUUGAAGAGCGAUCAUUCAGGAAAUGCGGAUCUUGAUGAUGUUUCAAACAGUGAAUGA